UCAUCUUUUUUGGAAAACAAGUUGUCUACUAGAACCUCCGAAAACAAAGAUGGAGAGCAUCUACUCCCUUCUGAGCACCGUGUGUGAAAUGUAAGCAAUAACUGCCAAGAGAGAAGAACUUCAUCAGCUUUGAAUGUUGUGCAGAUUUGUAUGAUGCUUGUAGGAAGUUAAGAAUCUUCAGUUGCGUUACCUUUGAUGUGAAAACAAGCCACCUUCAACUGCUUGUGACUGACGUGAAUAAUGGAUGUCAACCUGAGCCUUUCAACACCCCCUGGGAUGAACGCAACAGAACCCUACCACAAGCCGGUGGGACCCUGGAUCCUCAUCGUACUGGUCAACAUCAUUCUGAUCAUAGUGGUGGGGAACAUGCUGGUUAUUAUCGCCAUAGCGCGCACUUCCCAGCUACAAACCACGACAAACAUCUUCAUAAUGUCCCUGGCGUGUGCCGACCUCAUCAUGGGGGUCAUUGUGGUGCCCCUGGGGACCACUAUUGUGGUGACAGGUGACUGGAAACUUGACGAAACGUCCUGCGACCUCUGGACUUCUGUUGACGUCCUCUGUGUGACGGCCAGCAUUGAGACGCUCUGUGUAAUAUCAGUGGAUCGGUAUAUAGCCAUUACAAGGCCACUACGGUACAAGGUUCUGCUCAGUAAGUGGCGUGCCAGAGUAAUAGUUUGUUUAGUGUGGGUUGUGUCCACCUUAAUUUCCUUUGUGCCAAUUAUGAAAGGGUUCUGGAAAGCAGACAAAGAAGACAAAGAAGCAGACUGGUGCUACGGUAAUGUAACAUGCUGUGACUUUGUGACCAAUGGUGCCUUUGCUAUUACAUCUUCUAUAGUUUCUUUUUACAUUCCGCUGCUCAUAAUGAUUUUCGUGUACACAAAAGUCUUUGUGAUAGCGACGCGGCAGGUCCAGCUCAUCGAUAAGAAUCGAAUGCGCUUUCAAAAUGACUGUCUAACAGCACAGAUGCAAGUUGUCCCCCACAUCAGCAAUAUCCUGCCAUCGACAUGUGCAGGCUCCAGCAACUUCAACAACGCAGCGAGGAGGAAAAGCAGCAAGCGGAGGCCAUCACGGCUAAUGCUGGUCAAAGAGCACAGGGCCCUGAAGACUCUGGGUAUCAUCAUGGGGACCUUCACCUUGUGCUGGCUGCCGUUCUUCGUGGCCAACAUCAUCAAUGCCUUUAACAGGGAGGUUCCCCCAGAGUGGCUCUUCAGACUGUUAAACUGGCUGGGUUACAUCAACUCCGGCCUCAAUCCCAUCAUCUACUGCAGGAGUCCAGAGUUUCGUACGGCGUUCAAAAACCUGCUGGGCUGCCCGUGGGUGUCCACGUUGUGGCUCAAUACUUUCUAUAAAGAACUUCGAACUCGCUGCUCCUGCUUUGUGUGGCAGGCUGAGUCAGGCACGGCCAGCUCUUUCCCGAAGUCUCCCACCAGUAACGCUGAGGGCACUGAGAGUCUGGCCAGUACGCAGGGAAGCAGCAGAAGCGAAGAGGUUUCGCCUGGUCCUCUGCAGUCCAACGGCAGCACACAGUUCAGUGACUUUUCCGAACCAGAAACCGAAAUUUUAACGCUGCAGGAAACGGACGGAUGAACUGAAAAAUGCCAAUCUACUGAAGCGAGCACAUUCUCUGCAGUUGUUGCUGUGAUCACUGCGAAGUCCAAGAUCAAGCAGCAGUGAAGACAAGCUAAAGAAAACUACAAGCACCGGCCCUGAAAAACACAACCAAACAAAGCCAGGCCCAGACAGAUGACUGGACCGACUUGCAGAGAACCAGUCGGUUUGGUCUGGACACUGUGACUGUUAGGGUGGACUGCUGCAGCUCAGCAGACAUCAGCUGAUUCCACAGACAAACUGCAAAACUGCCAUCCAUGCAUACUGUUUGCAAAAGACUCUAAGACAAGCUUUAAACGCAUUCCAGUGAAACAUUGGACGCAGUGUAUGUGGCCUAUGGUUUCCAAAAAUGUCAGCAUAAAGUAAUUUUGUAAAGUAUAUUAUCUGUUAAGUUAUGUAUUUAUGAUCCACCGAAUCUGUAGCAAAGUACAAGAGUUGACUAAAUCUGUAAAGACUGUCUUCACUGUACAACCAUUUGCGUCACACAAACUUAUCUGUGAAUUAUCAGCUAAGCCAUUAAGCUGUAUUGAAAUGCUCAAACCUCUGUCUGUUUAAAGUCUUAAUGUCUCUGUUUUGAGCCUGAGCUCGGUGUCCGCACAAUAGUUCUGUUACUUAAAUCCCUGAAUCGGUGUUAAGUUAUACCAUGACACAAAAAAUUGCUUAGUACACCUUAAAUAUAAUUCCAGCCAUUGGUAUAUUGUACAAGGUACAGUAUGAUAAAACUGCAGGUAAAUAUGGCAAACCUGAUUUACUUUGCUAAGUGAAUAAGUUCAGUGAUGCACCCUGAAAUGUCCAAUUAUAGAAAAAUAAUGGGACUAGAUGGAGGAAGUUUAGCCUGCAAAUGAUUCAUUAUUUUCUUGUAAUGAGAUACCCUGUGGUGUGGUGUUACUUACAGAGCAUCUUCUGUUGCAUUGAGAAAUAAAAUAUUAUAAAACUGUG